AGACUCGAAUCACAGCAUGGCUUCCUACUGGCCCCUGGCCCUCCCACUCCCUUAAGCUUCUACUUCUUCGUCUUCCUCACUGGCUCCCAACUUAUCCUCUGCUCUGGGAGUGUCUCUACAACCAUCUUGCCCUGAACCCACCCACAUCACUGCCAUCGUUGUUUCUACCACCGCUGCCUCUACUUCCCAUCUUCCUUUUUGUGCCACCACUGCAUUGCCUUUCCCAAUAGAGCGCCGCAUCAUCCCCCUCAUCAAUUCUGCGUCACUCUGUCGCUAGGGUUCGCCUGCUUUUCAGAUACACUGCACAUGAGACGUUGUAGCAAGCCUCGGAUGUUCAACAUCUUCACUACAUUUCACCAGGGUUAUGAGUAUACCCAGCUCCUUUUUCUUGCAGGGUCAAGACCCCAGAAGUGCCGUCGUGUUUGAAUACCCGAAGUAUUUCUCCAUGCCUAUUGGCACAGCUUCCUGCGGCGAUGUGUGCAAUCUGAUUUGGCAAUGAUGUUUGGUUCCGCCUUCGUUACUCCUGCUAUUCAAGUGAGUUUGUGAGUGGUUGUGUGAGAGGAAACAGUAUAGGACUGUUCAGGUAUGGGUGUGCGUAGGAGGUGGCCUCGUCCUUUUCAAAUUAUAUCCGAAACCCGAUCCAGGUGGACCAGUUGCAAGGGUGUGGAGACAGCGCGCAAUUGAAGGCCAUGAAGUACCAAGUUGUUCAGUUUGCCUUCGCAACGAAAGGAGCAUGGCGGUAUCUAUACUAAUGACUUAGUGUUCUGUUCUCAAAAGGGAUGUUGAAGGAUUUGAAUUCAUUUCGUACUUCUGGUCAACUAAGAGGCAGGUCAUGGACUUCGUAGUAUGGAAAUGUCAAAAUUGAGCAAAUCUCCAUCGUUGCUGCGGUCUCCCACCGUCAAGUCUGGAAUCAAUAGUCUUACUUCGUUGGAUGAGUUGCAUCGUGGUCACGAACCGAGCAAAAGCAGAACUUGCUGGCCUCAGACAGGUGGAAGCCGAGAAGGACGGUCCAUUGGAGAUGGAUAUGGAUAUUUGCGAGAGCGUCUCCAGCUGCUCGUUCCCCCCUCUAUCAUCAUAGCCGUGCCUUUUGUAUGGUGGUGCGUAAAGGCUGGUCCUUCUCAUGGCCUGACGUGGCUUUUUAUAGACAUCGUACCCUGGUAUUGGUUCAACGUGUCUGCCUUGUUCGUGUUGUUUGUUGCAGUUGUAGUGUCGGUGCAUCUUGCUGUUCCUCACCUCUUUGGGUGGGCUACAGUAAUUCCUUCAUGGGGUGUUGUAAGAGAUGCAUGGGGACAUAGCUGGAACUUUGUAAAUAGUAGCUGCAUACAGCCUUUAGGAGCUAUACUGCAGCUGAGUGAUAGGAAAGACGGUGGGUGGAAGGUUAGAUCGCAGUCUCAGGGAACAAGAUCACCUAGUUUCACCAAAUCUAAGAAGAAUCAGGUUUAUGGAGAAGGAGUACAAACUUUCAGCAAUGGGGACGUGUACGAAGGCGAGUUUUGUCGAGGAAAGUUUUCUGGAAGCGGAGUAUAUUAUUUCUACAAAAGUGGCAGGUAUGAAGGUGACUGGGUAGACGGUAAAUAUGACGGUUACGGUGUUGAGACCUGGGCACGUGGUAGCCGUUAUCGAGGGCAAUACCGCUUGGGUAUGCGUGAAGGAUAUGGCAUUUACCGUUUUUAUACAGGGGAUGUCUACUCAGGUCACUGGUCCAAUGGUCAAAGCCAUGGUUGCGGAAUGCAGACUUGUGGUGACGGCAGUUGUUACGUUGGUGAAUUCAAAUGGGGGGUGAAACAUGGUGUCGGUUUCUACCAUUUCAGGAAUGGAGAUACGUAUGCCGGAGAUUAUUUUGCGGACAAGAUGCAUGGGUACGGUGUUUACAAGUUUGCCAAUGGUCAUCGCUAUGAAGGCUCAUGGCACGACGGUCGGAAACAAGGGCUAGGUAUCUACACUUUCCGCAACGGUGACACUCACGCAGGCCAUUGGCAUUUGGGUACCCUGGAGAGCAGAAGCACACAGGUCUCGAAUUCAUCAUCCGCAGUGGCCACCAAUCACUUCAAAGUCUUGAAUGCUGUUCAGGAAGCGAGAAAGGCAGCACAGAAAGGAAUGGAUGUGCAGAGGGUGGAUGAUAAAGUGAAAAAAGCUGUUGCACUCGCAAACCAGGCAGCCAAUGCUGCACGUGUUGCUGCAGUGAAAGCUGUGCAUCGCUGAUCUUCACAACUACAUCUGUUCAUGGAUAUAGCGUAAUGUUUUUUUAAUCCUGGGCUGGGGACAAUCUGGGAGUGAUGACCGUAAGUGCAAGGGAGUCGGCUCACUUAGCAGGAUUCAUCCUCUGCUGCCUAGAUAUGAUUACGUAUGCACCACUUUGCUUGGUUGUAAAGUAGCUAUAUAUUUGUUUGUCCACAAGAGUUUUCUGAAAGACAGAAUGUGACCGGCCUCAUUAUCUUUGUUAAAAUGAUGACGAAGUGUACAUUUUAAGACAUCAUUUAGGUUCUUCUAGCAUGUAUGGUGGACAGUUAAAACCUCUCUGCUCGUUCCCUAAUUUAAGCUUUUUCUCAAGUUUCGUUUUCGUA